AGAGGAGGAAAAGGCUACAACCAUCUGGUUUUCGUAACAGCAUCUCCAUCCAGUAGGGCUGAGGCAUGGGUGGAGUUUGAUGAAACUAAACUAUACAAUGACAAGCAGCAUCUUCUAUAGCCUCAGAAGGACAGACUGCAAUAGCUAGAAGGAUAAGAACAGCCUAAAAUCUCUGGCAGGAUGAUCAAAUCCUUCAAGCAAACCUUCCUGUCCCUGGAUCUACAGUCCCCUCGGUGGAGCUCAACAGAGACAAUGGCAAAGGAUUAUGAACUGCGUCAGUAUGAGACAGCAAAGUGGGUCAGCACAGUCAUUAGGGGAGAAACCCAGAAGGAGGCAAUGCGUCAGGGCUUCUGGAAACUCUUCCACUACAUCCAAGGGAAGAAUGAGAAAGAAAUGAAGAUUGAUAUGACUGUGCCUGUGACAUGCCUGAUAAAAUCUGGCUGUGCAGACUUCAAGGUCUCUUUCUUUGUUCCAUUUGAACAUCAGGACUCUCCACCACAGCCCACUGACUCCGAUGUGUUUAUUGAAGAGAGGAAGGCAGCAGCCAUCUUUGUCCGGUCCUUUGGUGGAUUUGCCUCCCCAGAAAAAUAUGCUGAGGAAGCUGAAGUCUUGGCCAGAAUCUUAAGAAACAGAGACCAACCAUUCCAUGAAGACUUCUUCUAUACUGCAGGCUACGACAGCCCCUUCAAGCUCUUUAACAGGCACAAUGAAGUGUGGUAUUUUAAAAAGUAAUACAGUGGCGGCGGUGGGGUGUAUAAAGAGGCUACUAAUCAGCUCUGGAUGAAAAACCAACCAACCUUAUUAAUGGCUUUUGCUUUAGUGCAGAAGAUACUUAAUUUGCAU